UAAUAAUAACUACACUUUCAUAUUCAGGCAAGUUUACCUAAAAAUGUAUCUUGCCAUUCAAAAGAUGUCAUUGAAACAAUAGCCCCAACAAAUUAAUAGUGCCAACAGUUUUAGAGAAGCGGCUGUGUGUGUUUCUCCUCACUUCGAUGUAGUGGGCCUCUCGAUUUGACCGAAACAAAACACGUCAGCGCCGGAGAGCUUCGUUUCCUCUUUGCCGCAGAAUCCGCCGCCGAUAAAAACAAUUCUGAAGAGCAACGAAUCUGAAGAACAUACACACACACACCGACACGGUGAGAUAAGUGAUAGAACGAACAAUAGCCCCAACAAAUAAGAAGCCGCCACAGGCACUCGUCAGCAAUUUAAGAACAGAACGAAAACAAAACCGAAUUCGAAAUGGCCCAAACAAACGUUGAUAUGGGCGGGCACAUGCAGGUGCCGCCGCAGGAAGGUGGUGGCAGGUUCGCCUUUGAUCUGAACAGCCUGCCCAAGCUGCAAAGCUUGCCCUCUCCGCUGGAGCUUAUCCAAUUGGUCCGCAGCUCCAUGCGCCCCUGGACAGUCUUCUUCAACGUGAACAACUUUAAGACGGCCGUCAGCAUGCAGCGGUUGACCGGCCGCGUGAAGCGCAAUCUCUCCUAUUUCCAGAGCAAUUACAUAUUCGUAUUUAUUGUGCUGAUGAUCUACUGCCUCAUUACAUCGCCGCUUAUAUUGCUGGUGUUGGCAGGUGCCGCCCUCUUGUGCCACAGGCUGCGUUCUCGCAAUACAAACAUCACCGUGAUGGGCAGCCAGUUGACGCCACGUCAACAGAUCAUUGCCGUGAAUCUGGCGGCGACGCCGUUGCUCUUUCUGGUGGGCGCGGGCGCAGUACUAUUCUGGACACUGGGGGCCUCCUGCUUUGUCAUAGCCACUCACGCGAUAUUCUACAACAUCGACGCUAUUGUGACGGAGGAGAACGAAGGCUUUUUAGCCGAAGUUGUCUGACCUCCAACCACACCACAUGUAUCUUGAGAGAAUUUUUCGACACACCGAAGCAAAGAAUUUGCCGCAAAGGGGCCUAUUAGUGGAUAAUCUGCAAUAUACGAUACACACACACACACACACACAAAACACGUAUUUAUAACGAAUUCUAGUUAAGUUUUCUUAGUCUAACCAUCGUUGACUAACAAUAAAAAACACACUAACAAACA